CCGUCAGCCGACAUGACAGCUAAUUUACAAAUCCAAUUUAUUGGCAAAUGGCAGAAGUGGUGACAUAUUUUCAAUAUUGCAUUAUUUCUGAGGUAAAUUAAGAAUCAACCGUGUAUGUGUGUUAAGGUGUUUAAAAUAUCGUUGUGCAUAAACCAAACAUAACCGAGGAUAUUAUAUAAUUCACUUGUGAAAGUAAGAAUGACAUUUUCGAUGUCAUAAAUGUAAAAUGUCAACAGACUGAGUGAGAAGGUGAACAGUUUAAAAAUAAUUACACAAAACGAGGUAAUUGCUCCAACACCAAGAUGAGUAAUGCAGCCGCACCGCAGCCUAUGAAUAAUCUACCUCCAGGCGUAAACCCAGAUAACAACUUGCUACCCGGAGGUCCUAUAAUACCCAAUCAACAGGCGGGGAACCGCAAUAGAAAUAAUAAUCAGAACCCUCUGUUCAACGUAAGGGAGAGGCUUUUUCAUGCACUGUUCUUCAAAUUUGCAAUAGCGUAUGCUAGGACAUUUCCGAGGCCUGUGAGGAGAUUUUUUGAGUUCCUUGUAUUAUUGAAAGCUUUGGUAGCAUUCUUUGUACUAGCAUACAUCCACAUAGCAUUCUCGAGAUCCCCUACUACAUGCCUAAAUCAUGUCAAAGAUUCCUGGCCUAGAGAUGGCAUAUUGAGAGUUGAGAUUUUAAGGAACCCGAGUCAAGAUUACACCAUAGAGCAAAGCUAUGCUAAAGAAAGGAAAUUAAAGAAGGAAAAAGAAGAAAUAAAUCCAUAUGUAACGAUUGUCAACAUAGAAUCAUCGACCAGCGAUGAUACAGAGAGCAAUGAAUAUCUCCGAGACGGCACAGACUAUGGCAACGUCACUCGAGUUCAUGAUGAAAGUGCUCCUGAGGAGAAUCUAAUACAGGUUAUAGACCUGGAGACUGGUGAGAUAUCAUACGAGAGUAGACCGGAACCAGCUUUGGAGCAGCUUGAGGCUAGUAUGAACCAGAGCAUAUCUCAGGAUGAUGAUCCACCUUACCGAGUAUGGGUUAUGGGCUUGGUUGAAGACAAUGAAGAGGAUAUUGUUAUUGACGAAUCUCUUGAGGAGGCAUAUAAUGAGACUUCUAAAGAUGAGGACUACAUUCUUGAGUAUUCUCUCGAGUACGGCUUCUUAAGACUGUCGCCAAGCGCGCGUCUCCGUCUCAAGAUACCUGUCAAGAUUGUGACCCUGGACCCGCAGAAGGACCAGUGUUUCGGAGACGCGUUCUCCCGCUUCGUGCUUGACGAGUUUCUGGGCUACGAUGACCUCCUCAUGGCGUCGAUAAAGAGCUUGGCCGAGCAGGAGAAUAAUAAGGGAUAUUUGAGGAACGUGAUAACCGGGGAACACUACCGUUUCGUGUCGAUGCUGACGGCGCGUAGCUCCUACAUCGCCGCAUUCUUUAUUAUGCUCAUAUUUACGGUGUCUAUAUCGAUGCUGCUGCGGUACGCCCAUCAUCAGAUAUUCGUGUUCAUUGUGGACCUUCUCCAAAUGCUGGAAUUCAACGUAACAGUGUCGUUCCCGGCGGCUCCGUUGCUCACCGUCAUACUGGCGUUAGUGGGCAUGGAGGCGAUAAUGUCUGAGUUCUUCAACGACACGACGACGGCGUUCUACAUCAUCCUGAUCGUGUGGAUCGCCGACCAGUACGACGCCAUCUGCUGCCACACCGCCAUCGCUAAACGACAUUGGUUGAGGUUCUUCUAUCUGUACCACUUCUCGUUCUACGCGUACCACUACCGCUUCAACGGCCAGUACAGCAGCCUCGCGCUGGUCACCUCAUGGCUCUUCAUACAGCACUCCAUGCUGUACUUCUUCCACCACUACGAGCUGCCGGUGAUACUACAGCAGGCGCAGCUACAGCAGCUGCUGCUGCGCUCGCACCACGGCAUGGGCGGUAUGAUGCGCCUGGUCGGCAUCGCCGCGCUGGCCAGCGAGGGCGCCUACCACGACGCGCCCGGCACAGGUACCCAGGCCACUCCGCCUACCACCCAGUCCACCACACAGACUGUCCAAAACACGGUGCAGUCGACCACGCAGACCACACCGUCUGUCUCCACGGUCCAGACGAAUACGACGCACACGGGUGAUGUGCGCGCUUCGCCCGAGCGCCAGACGACGUCCACCGACUCAGAGAUAAAGAUAGAGGAGAUAAAGAGGCGGCAGUCGGUCGAGGGUAUCAACAUCAUCAGGCGGAGAAGGAGUUCCCCGACCAACUUCGACACGGGGACGGCCGGGGUGGCCCCGAGCCAGGGCGAUGACGCCAGCUACACCCUGGACCGCCGACGGUCGCCGGAGGCCACCUCCUCAACCCUGGCUCCCAGAGCUUCCCCCGAGGCUGACGACAUAGACUAGAAUAUCACUAUACUUAAGGUUUAUAUUGAAUAUCCACGAGGAGCUUGUUUUUUUUUCCACUAUCGACGGUAUGUAGACACUAGACAGCAGCUAAAGUACGGUCGCGGAGUGUACGUUGACCCAUCGCUAUUGUGUGAAGAGAUAAAAGUAUCUCUUCCACUCGUAUGGAAAUAUUACUUUCUCGCUCCUUCGCGUACUUUUAUAAACGCGAUAGAAAUAUAUUCGUGUUAAUUGAAAAGAUGAAUAGUGAAAUGUCAAUGUACCAUCGAAGAAAUUGAUUUAUAGGCAGUAAUUGACGGACCUA